UCACUUCCUUCGACAUUUCAUCCUCUCCAUUAUGGUUCUCCAACCCACCCAGGAUGCCCCUCAAUUCAAGGGCAAGGCUGUGAUCAACGGUCAAUUCAAAGAGAUCAGCUUGUCCGACUACAAAGGCAAAUAUGUGGUGUUCUUCUUCUACCCAUUGGACUUCACCUUCGUGUGUCCCACCGAGAUCAUCGCUUAUAGUGAAAGGGCCGAGGAGUUCCGCAAAAUCGGAUGUGAAGUGAUUGCUUGCUCGACGGACUCGGAAUUCUCCCAUCUGGCCUGGAUUAACACUCCCCGCGAGAAAGGAGGCUUGGGAGAGAUGCACAUUCCUCUGUUGGCCGAUAAGAACUCUGAAAUUGCCCGAGCUUAUGGUGUUCUCAAGGAGGAUGAAGGCAUUGCAUUCCGUGGGCUGUUCGUCAUUGACGACAAGCAAAAAUUGCGACAAAUUACUGUCAACGACCUUCCCGUUGGUCGUGAUGUGGACGAGACCUUGAGACUGGUUCAGGCCUUCCAGUUCACCGAUAAGCACGGAGAGGUGUGUCCGGCCGGCUGGAGACCUGGCAAGAAGACCAUGAAGCCUGAUCAAGAGGGCGUGUCCAAAUAUUUGGCGGCUAACGGAAAAUAACUUAUACCCAGAACAGACACUGAAUCUGGCUGACAAGAGCAUUUCUUUUAUUAUUCCUGGCAGUCCAUAGUUAUCAUGAGUACACCCGAAACAUCACGAACACGUAGCCCGA